AAAAAACAAAGGUCACCCUUCUCUUGGGGAUGUGACGUCUUUCCUUUGAGGCUCUCCCCCCCUAUUAAUUUGAUUCCCUACCAGGCUGCCAAUUUCAUUUUCUUAACCUCUCUAUCUAUCUCUGUUUUCUUCUCUCUCUCUCUUUUGCUAUCUCUUUCUCUCCACAAAUUCAAAUCAAAAUCCCACAUCGCCUAGGAAAGAAAGGGAAACUAAUUAAACUUAAAUCCUAUCUCUUUCUCUCUUCUUUAGUUUUUCUCUCCUCUCUCAUUGCUGACAAUUCUCAUUUAAGUCUCUCUGUACAAAGUUUUCGCCCACACUUUAUUUCUAUUUUUUUAAAAUAAAAAUAAGAAAAAAAAACAAAAGUAAAGUGCCAGCAUUUCAGGUGGGUUGGUAGUCCACAUGGGGAGGCACUCUUGUUGUUACAAGCAGAAACUGAGAAAAGGGUUGUGGUCACCAGAAGAAGAUGAGAAACUUCUUAAUUAUAUAACCAAGCAUGGACAUGGCUGCUGGAGCUCUGUCCCUAAGCUAGCUGGUCUUCAGAGAUGUGGAAAAAGUUGCAGGCUAAGGUGGAUAAAUUAUUUGAGGCCUGAUUUGAAAAGAGGCCCAUUUUCACAACAAGAAGAGAAUUUGAUAAUUGAACUUCAUGCAGUUCUUGGCAACAGAUGGUCACAGAUUGCAGCUCAGUUACCAGGAAGAACAGAUAAUGAGAUUAAAAACUUAUGGAAUUCUUGCAUUAAGAAGAAACUGAGGCAAAAAGGGAUUGACCCAAAUACUCAUAAGCCAUUAUCUGAGGUAGAAAAUGACAUUGGUAAUAAAUUGGAGAACAAGGGUAACAAAGCUGCAACCAAUAACAACAACAAUGAGAAUAUUAAUAAUUCUACUGUUAGAGCUUCUUCAUUAGGAAACUUAUCCAAUGAUCAUCAUCAUCAUCAUCAUCAUCAUCAUCUGAAUCUAGCUGAUCAGUCACAACCAUCAAUGGCGGCCAUCAAUCGUUACCCACUAUUGGAAGUCUCAUCCUCAACUCCGCCGACACAAGAAUUCUUCAUAGAAAAAUCAACAGAUACCAGAUCAUCACCAUCAAUAUCAUCAUCAUCACCUUGUGAUUUUUCUACCUACUUCUCUUUCCACUCAAACAAUUACAAUACGACGUCGUCCGCUGCUGCAGCUGCUGCUGUUUCUCAUCAUCAAGAUCAAAACAACAACAACAACAUGGCCAGUUUCUGCUUCAACAUUAAUCAAAAUUCAACUAGACCUCCACAACACCAUCAUCAUAAUCAGAUGAUUAGUAAUCUCAUCCAGCCACUACAACAACAAGUAUCACCUUCAUCAACAACAACAGCAUCAUCGUCAUCACCACCCUCCAAUAUUCCACGUGUAAAGCCCUCCAUAAGUCUCCCCUUAUUAUCUGAUCACCAAAACAACAGUAAUAGCACUACUACUACUACUACAACAACUACUGGAGCCGUACAAAAUUGGGAAACUAGUACUUUCAGCAACAACGGAAGUAGUAGUAGUAGCUGCAAUAUCGAAUUACAAGGUAAUAAUAAUAACAACAACAACAACAACUUCUUUGAUCACAACACUAAUUCCACCGCCGCGGCCGCCGCCGCCGCCGCUCCUAAUAACUUCUCGUGGGGAUUAGUCAAUGAAAGUACUGUUGGUAGCAUAAAAUCUGAUGACCCAGAAGACAUAAAAUGGUCUGAAUAUCUCCAUAGCCCUUUUCUUCUUGGUGGAGGAAUUAGUAAUACUAAUAAUCAAAAUUCUUCUUCUUCUUCACAUCUUCAACCCAUUUUGUACAGUAACAUUGUGAAACCAGAAUCACACUUUAGUAAUACUACUACUGCUACAGGAUCAAACCCCACGUGGCAUCAUCAGAACGAUCAUCAUCAGCUACAAGCGGCUUCAUCAGAAAUAAUGUACACUAAUAAAGAUCUACAGAGACUUGCUGUAGCUUUUGGACAGACCCUUUAGUUCAAAAAAAAAAAAUUCAUAUUUGUGUGUAUUUUUUUUUUUUACUGUUAAUUAAUUAAACAGUGAAGAGAGAGAACAAAAAAAGAAGAAGAAGAAGGAAAGGGACGAGAAUAUUACGGAAGUUCAUAUAUGAUGGUGAUGAUCAUCAGUUUGAGAAGAAGACUGAAGAAGCUUAUGGCUUUGGAAAAUGACAGUACAAACUCUUCUCUGGGGAGUUUACUUAAUUACAGGUGUGUGUGCCAUAGAAAAUUUAAUGCUUUUUUUUUUUUUUUUUUUUUGAAUUUUUUUGUAAAUUUGUUUAUUAUCAUACCCAACUUUCUCAGCAGGCUUUUGUUAAUUACCGAAUUAUAUAUCUUAAAUUUGUGGUUUUUAUUUGAGUUUUUUUUUUUCAAUGUUUUCUGUUAAUAUUAUUCAUGAUAUUCUUUUAAUUACUGAAUAAGAGUAAUUAAGGCCUGCCUAAUGUUAUCAUGUGUUGUCAAUUUAAGCUUAUUAUUAUAAUAUUAUAGUUCUUUGUCA